AAAAUUACCAAAAAUCCCUUUUUCCACCCAAAUCGAACCCCCAAAUCUCUCUGAAUCGCUUCUUCACUGAUUCUGAGAGAGAGAGACAUACCCAAAGAUGGACGCCAUGAGAAAGCAGCUCGACGUGCUCAUGGGAGCCAAUCGAAACGGCGACGUAACGGAAGUAAAUCGCAAAUACUACGACCGCGACGUCUGUCGUCUCUACCUCUCUGGUCUCUGCCCUCACGACCUCUUCCAAUUAACGAAAAUGGAUAUGGGUGGUUGUCCAAAGGUUCACUCUUUACAGCUUAGGAAAGAAUAUAAAGAAGCAAAGGCAAAAGGUGUUGAUAACUACGAUAGGGAGUUGGAAGAUGCGAUUGAUAGGCUUAUCGUUGAGUGUGAUAGGAAGAUUGGUAGGGCUCUUAAGCGUCUUCAGGAAGAAGAUGCAAAAGCUGCAAUUGCUAUUUCAGUCACUGAAGUUACUCAGUCACCUGAAAUUCAGGAACUAUCAAAGCAAAUCAAAGAGAAGAUGAAGGAAGCAGACCUGCAUGAUCUUGAAGGAAAAACGGAUAUGAAAAUUAGAGCUCUUGAGUUAGUUGAAGAGAUGAGGAGUAAGAGAGCUGACUUACAGGCUGUGCUGCUGUUGGAGGCCUUCAACAAAGAUAGGGCAGCCUUGCCCACUCCUGCUCAGCAGCCAUCUGCAGCAUUACCUCCGCCCGAUCCUCGUACUCAAGAGAUGAUCAAUGAGAAAUUAAAGAAAGCUGAAGAGUUUGGCGAACAAGGACUGGUUGACGAGGCGCAGAAAGCACUAGAAGAGGCUGAAGCUCUCAAGAAGCUUACCCCUAGACAAGAACCUGUAGUGGAUCCUACCAAGUACACUGCUGCUGAUGUGCGCAUUACAGACCAGAAGCUGCGUCUAUGUGACAUAUGCGGAGCAUUCUUGAGCAUCUAUGACAGUGAUCGUCGGUUAGCUGAUCAUUUUGGAGGAAAGCUUCAUUUGGGUUACAUGCUGAUCCGUGACAAGCUAGCAGAGCUUCAGGAAGCAAAAAACAAAGUUCACAAAGAACGAGUCGAAGAAAGGAGAUCAAAGGAGAGGAGCAGAGAGCGAGAAUCAAGUAAAGACAGAGACAGAGGAGAUAGCCGUGACCGUGGAAGAGAUAUUGACCGUAGGAGUAGAGAUCGAGACAGGCAUCAUGACCACCGUGAACAUGAUAGAAACUAUAAUCAGUCACGUGGCUAUGACUCAAGAAGCAGGCGUAGUUCACGUUCCCGGUCUAGGGAAAGGGAUUAUGAUCGCCGCAGACGCCAUGACCGCUACUAAGACGCUGCCAGAGACGGCUUAUAAUCAAAUCUGAACCUGCAAACACUUAUGUUUUUUUUUCUUGUAUGUGUUAAAGAUUGUUAAGAGUAGUUUCUUCGGAUGUUUUAAACUUUUUUUAUAUAUGUUGUUGAGAAGAAGAUUGUAGUGACGAAAUAUAAAGUCCAGAAUUUAUUUAGCUUUUCGUUCAAAGCUUCUUUCUUUAGAAUACUGAUUAUAAUGUCCAGAAUCACUCCCCAAAGGAUUGGCAGCAGGUUGAUAGUUUGACACUACUCUUAAAACAUUCUCUGUUAAAG